UCAGCUGACAGUUUUUGAGUGCCAGUCAGGGUCCUCAGCUGACAGUUUUAGAGCACCAGUCAGGGUCCUCAGCUGACAGUUUUUGGGCGAUGGAAAAAAAGACAAUCGGAAGCGAAACAUCUCCCUGGUUCUUCACGAUGAACUGACGGUGCCGAGAAUGCCGACCUCCCGGGCCCCCAGCCCAGCCCCGAACGUAACCGACCCUCCCUGGGACUCGCGGUUCGACUUCGCCAGCCAGAGUCCGACGUGGACCAACAGCGUCCUGAAGAUGGCGCUCAUCUCCCUCAUCGUGUGCGUCUCCUUGUUCGGGAACGUGGUGGUCCUGCUGGUGUUCCAGCGCAAGCCCCAGCUGCUGCACGUGGCCAACCGCUUCGUCCUCAACCUCCUGCUGGCCGACCUCCUCCAGACCGUGUUGGUCAUGCCCUUCGCCAUCGCGGCCACCGUGCCCGGGGUGUGGCCCCUGGACGCCCGGCUGUGCCAAGCCUUGGUGGUGCUCAUGCAUCUCUUUGCGUUUGCCGGCGUCAACACCAUCAUGGUGGUUUCUGUGGACCGCUACUUGGCCAUCAUCCACCCUCUGUCCUACCCCACCCGCAUGACCCCUCACCUGGGCACCAACCUGAUCGCGUGCACCUGGCUGCUCAGCUUGCUGCAGAGCACGCCGCCGCUGUACGGCUGGGGCGCCAUCGACUUCAACCGGCACCACGAGAUGUGCUCGGUGGUGUGGUCCUACAGCUUGUCCUACUCCGUGGUGGUGGCCACCUUCUCCUUUUGGCUGCCGGUUCUGGUCAUGCUGGGCUGCUACUGGAUGGUGUUCCGAGCUGCCCGGCGGCAGAACGCGCUGGUCCACCCCGUACGGACGCGGUCCUACUCCCAGCCGUGCCCGCAGGACUUCCAGGGACCACAACCGCAGCAGGCCAGCACUCCGGACAAGCCCUAUUCGGCCGCUCGGGUGAGGCACCGCCGCUUCCGCUACCACUGCAAGGCGGCACGCGUGGUCUUCGUGAUCAUGGCCUCCUACAUCCUCAGCAUGGGGCCCUACAGCGUCCUCAACACCAUCUCCAUGAGCGCCAGAGCAGACGUGCCCCCGUGGUUGUCCUCCCUGGCCCUGGUGCUCUUCUUCCUGCAGUGCUGCCUGCACCCCUACAUCUACGGGUACAUGCACCGCAGCGUGAGGAAGGAGUUCCUGGCCUUCCUCUGCGGGAUGCUCUGCAAGCAGGGGCGCCCCGGCCAGAGCUCAGCCGCCGACACUUGCCUCACCGCCGCGGCCGGGGAAGGACGCCGCUCCGGGGCGCCGGCGCACCUGCCCGGCCUGGCCGCCAGGGUCUUCCCGCUGCAGACGUGGGAGGAGUGCACCACCUCCUCGUCCCCCACGUUCGAGAGGCGGUCCAGGGACAGCCGCAAGGACACCACCUCCACCAGCGUCAGCUCCGACAGGGAGCUCACGGUCCACGGGAAGCAGAGCCGUUGGUGCGAUCCAAGGUCCAGAAGGUUACAAAACCUGUUCCAAGAUCCGCCCAGUCAGGUCCUUGGCUCGACUUUAUCACGCAACUUUUGGUCCCGGGGACCAAACAGCCGAGCGACGCGCACCAAAGUAUGUUUACUUUCUGGACUAUACAGCAGUUCCUCAACUAGGAGCCUGUGACGGAGCUCUUAACUCAAAACACUUGUAUCUCAAAUCAACAUCUCUGCAUGAAAUUAAUUGAAAUCCAUUUAAUUGGUGCUUGACCCCCCCCCCCCAUGCCCCCUCUAAGAACACAGAACAUGCCUUUUUAGAAGAAAAAAGUGUAUUUUUAUUGAUUUGGGGCGGUAUAGCUCGGUUGGUAGAGCGGCCGUGCCAGCAACUUGAGGGUUCCAGGUUCGAUCCCUGCCAUCGUGUCCUUGGGCAAGACACUUGACCCACCUGCGCCCAGUGCCACCCACACUGCUUUAAAUGGAACUUACAUAUUAAAGUUAAAGUACCAAUGAUCCCCUUGUUCACCCCACCUGGGAGGUGAGGGGAGCAGUGGGCAGCAGCGAUGACCACGCCCGGGAGUCAUUCUUAGUGACUUAAUUGGCUUUGAGUCACUUCACUUCACAUUUAAGACGUGAACGUGCAACAUUGACCUUGGACGGUGGACUUCUAAGGCAUCUCCUUCCCGCCGUCAAACACAACAUUUAGCAGCUUCUCCAUAUUUUCAUGGAUAAAUGUCCGCCGUGAAGUUUGCAACUGAACUCUCCAGUCCCUUAACUCUCCCAAGUUGAGUUGCUGCUGUAUUGCCUUUACACUACGUCUAGAUGUACUCUAUAUGGAGGUCUAGGAUCCUAGUCACCAGCCUAGACUUUGUGUGUCCAUAGUGUGAGUGUGUGUACACUUUGUGUGUCCAUAGUGUGAGUGUGUGUACACUUUGUGUGUCCAUAGUGUGAGUGUGUUUAGACUACAUGGAAUUGGGCGAGCAACUGAAUAAUUCCCCUUAAUUGUUUUCUAAGAUGUGUUGUGAAAUAAUUCUUGGUGCCUCUCAACCUCGCUCUUAUUUUGAAAGUCAGAUAGAUGUAACUUACUUUGGGCCCCCGACCCUCACUUUGAACAACUGAAAGCAUUUCUUGGUCAGCUUUUCCCCUCAAAACAGCAGAUUGUAGCGUCUAAAGCCCAAAAGCAGUGAAGUUGUCACGUUGUGUA